AUGACGAGCUCCCGUCAACUUCAAAACCCCUCCAUCUCCACCUCUUCUUCUUCUCCUUCUUCCUCCUCCUCCACUGCCCGCGAUCGUCUUUCCUCCCUCUCCUCACACAUCAUGGGUUCCAACGGUAAUCCUUCCGUCUUCACUCCGGCCGCCGUCGCCGCGGCCCCCGAAGAUCCUCUCUUUGGCUUGAUGAAGGCCUAUCGCGAAGACCCCUCCGAUAAGAAGGUCGAUUUGGGUAUCGGUGCUUACCGUGAUAACAAUGCGAAGCCUUGGAUUUUGCCCGUUGUGAAGAAGGCUGAUGACGCCAUCCAUAACGACCCCAGCGUGAACCACGAAUACCUCUCCAUCGGCGGGUUGGCCGACUUCACCUCGGCCGCACAGAAGCUCAUCGUCGGCGCUGAUAGCCCCGCGAUUCGCGAGAAACGGAUUUGCACCCUCCAGACCAUCUCGGGAACCGGCGCCGUCCACCUGGGCGGCCUCUUCCUCUCCAAGUUCCACCCCGCACAGCCCAAGCCUACCAUCUACCUCUCUAACCCAACCUGGGCCAAUCACAACCAAAUCUUCACAAAUGUCGGCCUCACCCUCGCCAAAUACCCCUACUUCUCCGCCAAGACCAAGGGCCUCGACUUCGACGGCAUGAUCGCCGCGCUGCGGGCAGCGCCGGCCGGCUCCAUCAUCCUCCUCCACGCCUGCGCACACAACCCCACCGGCGUCGACCCCUCGCAGGAGCAAUGGAAGCAGAUCGCCGCCCUCAUGCGCGAGCGUCGCCAAUUCCCCUUCUUCGACACCGCCUACCAGGGCUUCGCAUCCGGUGAUCUUGUCCGCGACGCAUGGGCAAUCCGCUACUUUGUCGAGCAGGGCUUCGAGCUGUGCGUUGCGCAGUCGUUCGCGAAGAACUUCGGUCUGUACGGCGAGCGCACGGGUGCGUUCCACUUUGUCUCUGCGCCUGGUGCGGACGCGUCUACUGCAAUCCAGCACAUUGCUAGUCAAUUGGCUAUCCUGCAGCGGUCGGAGAUUUCUAAUCCCCCCGCGUACGGUGCGCGCAUUGCCAGCAAGGUCCUUAAUGACCCCGUACUCUUUGCUGAGUGGGAGGAGGAUCUGCGGACGAUGAGUGGCCGCAUUCAGGAGAUGCGUCGUGGUCUGCGUGAGCGGUUGGAGAAGCGGGGGACCCCGGGUACUUGGGAUCACAUUACGACUCAGAUUGGCAUGUUCAGCUUUACUGGGUUGAAUGAGAACCAGGUUAAGAUUCUGCGGGAUAAGUGGCACGUCUAUAUGACUAAGAACGGCCGUAUCUCCAUGGCUGGCCUGAACACACAUAACCUGGAUUACUUCGCCGAGGCCGUGGACAGCGUCGUCCGCGAGACCUCGUAA